AAUUACGAGACGCAAAAAUGUCAAAAUUGAAAAAAAUUGUAUUAAUUUUUGGUUACUAGAGGUUUAGACACUUAAUAAACAAUUAUUCUUUCCGUUAAAAUGGCGAAACCUUAAUUUUACUAUUAAUUAAUAGUAUCUGACUAAGUUAAUUGAAAUGUCUUCCUAUCAAGACGAUGAAGAGGUAGUUCCAUUCGAUGGACAGCCUGGAUCGUUUCCUAAAGAUUUUGGCUAUGGAACAUUUGAUGCAGAUCAAGAUGUUAAUCCAUCAGAUCACAAACCCAGAAUUCUACUAAUGGGCCUUCGCAGAUCAGGAAAAUCGUCAAUACAGAAGGUUGUGUUCCACAAAAUGUCUCCAAAUGAAACCCUAUUUCUAGAAAGUACAAACAAGAUUGUUAAGGAUGAUAUAAAUAAUUCUAGCUUUGUUCAGUUUCAAAUAUGGGAUUUCCCGGGUCAAAUAGAUUUUUUCGAUACAUGUUUCGAUUUUGAUAUGAUUUUUGGAGGAUGUGGGGCGUUAGUUUUUGUUAUUGAUGCUCAGGAUGACUAUGUAGAAGCAUUGCAUAAACUGAAUCUGUUUGUGACAAAGGCUUAUAAAAUUAACCAAAACAUUAAAUUUGAAGUUUUUAUUCACAAAGUUGAUGGUCUAGGAGAUGAUUCGAAAAUGGAAUGCCAGAGAGAUAUCCACCAAAGGGCAAUGGAUGAUUUAAUAGAUUCAGGCUAUGACCAGCAGAUUCAUUUAAGUUUUCAUUUGACAUCUAUAUAUGAUCACUCUAUAUUUGAAGCAUUCUCAAAAGUGGUUCAGAAAUUGAUCACACAAUUACCGACAUUAGAAAACUUAUUAAAUAUUUUAAAUACUAAUUCUGCCAUAGAAAAAUCAUUUCUUUUCGAUGUGGUCUCUAAAAUAUACAUUGCAACAGACUCGACUCCUGUUGAUAUGCAGAGUUAUGAACUAUGCUGUGAUAUGAUAGAUGUGGUUAUUGACCUUUCGUGGAUUUAUGGUGUCAAGGAGGACCAAGAACCGGCUGCAUUUGACGAACAAAGUUCCAGUUUGAUUAAGCUUAACAAUGGUACUGUUCUAUAUCUAAGGGAGGUUAACAAAUUUCUAGCAUUGGUCUGCAUACUUCGGGAAGACAAUUUUGAUCAUAAAGGUAUAAUUGACUACAACUUUCUCUGUUUUCGUAAUGCAAUUCAGCAGGUGUUUGAAUUGAGAAGUCAGGCUUCACCUCCAGUCACCAAUUCUGCGGGAAGUCCUGUAUUGCUUAAUGGUAAUAUGAUUGGUGAUGGACAUUUAAGUCCAACAUUAACCGAUGAGCAACCAAUCAGUUAAAAUUAACGAUUAGGUAUUUUCAAUGAAAAUUGGUUUGUUAGAAAUUAACUGUUCAGCAGUUUUUCAAAGUUAUUUUUUUGCAAGAAUCAAAGAGGGAACAAUUCAAGUGUAUAGAAGUAUGUAUUUACAGUUGUUUGUAGGGAAACUCAAAAGAAAUAGCAAAUAAGCAAAGGGCAGUACAUAGCUAAAGAUAUUUUAAACUUUAUAAAUGUGCCAUGAAUUACAUAUACUUCACGUUAUUUAUUUACAUUUACACUUAAGUAGGUGUAUUUGUAUGUAUAUGUAAUGUCAAUUUUAUUUUUAUACUUUAUGUAAUGUUUGUAUUAUUGAAAUAUUGCACACACUUACCUACCUUAAUUUAAAAAGUCAGUUUUGGUGAGUUAUAUUUUAGAAUAAUUAUUAUAUUUUUAUUGUACAUGAUUCAUAUUAAUCACGUACAUUCUACUAUUGUUAAUGUCAUAUUUAAAUAUAUAUUCACGAUAUGUA